UUUUUUUUCCAUCUUUAGGAAGGAACAUGAAGUUUCCUUGGAGAUCAUUCAACAGGACAAUGGAAGGAGCCAUUUAAAAUAGAGUUUAAACCCACAGGCUGCAAGACUGGGGCCCGAGGGCUGGCAGUGGAAAACUCUGUUGGGCUGUGAUCUCUCACUGAAAAGUCCCAAGUGCCUCUUUGCUUCCUGCAAAAGGAAGGAAGGCCAGGAGGAGACCAUGUCCAUAGCCCUGAAGCAAGUGUUUAACAAAGACAAGACCUUCCGGCCCAAGAGGAAAUUUGAACCCGGCACCCAGAGGUUUGAGCUGCACAAACGAGCUCAGGCCUCCCUCAACUCGGGUGUGGACCUGAGGGCGGCUGUGCAGCUGCCCAGCGGGGAGGACCAGAACGACUGGGUGGCCGUCCACGUGGUGGACUUCUUCAAUCGCAUCAACCUCAUCUACGGCACCAUCUGCGAGUUCUGCACCGAGCGGACCUGCCCGGUGAUGUCAGGGGGCCCCAAAUAUGAGUAUCGGUGGCAGGAUGACCUCAAGUAUAAGAAACCCACUGCACUGCCGGCUCCCCAGUACAUGAACCUACUCAUGGAUUGGAUCGAGGUCCAGAUCAACAAUGAGGACAUAUUUCCAACCUGUGUUGGCGUUCCCUUCCCGAAGAACUUCCUUCAGAUAUGCAAGAAGAUCCUGUGCCGCCUUUUCCGGGUCUUCGUCCACGUCUACAUCCACCACUUUGACCGCGUCAUCGUGAUGGGUGCAGAGGCUCACGUCAACACCUGCUACAAACACUUCUAUUACUUCGUUACAGAGAUGAACCUCAUAGACCGCAAGGAGCUAGAGCCCUUGAAAGAGAUGACAACCAGGAUGUGUCACUAACACUCUGCCUCAUCUUCCGGAAGAAAGGAAUACUAUUUCUCCCAGGAGUCCCUAUGGGACAGGAAGUGGCCCUCCCUGGAUGAAAAUGACCCCCGACUUCCAGGAGCAGGAAAGCUGGAGCCCCACCGGGGACUUCUUCGGAAAGAGUCUCCUACCCACUUCACGUGUUCUUAACCCUCCAAGUGCUGCUAGCCAGAGCCUGUGGGCCAUGCAGACCACAGCAUGAAGGACCAGCCUUAACCCCUGCGGCUGAGGACAGUGCAGGAGAGGGCCAUGCACGUCUGCCCGCUCUGCCUGUGAGCUGCCCCCCUAGGCUUUACUGGAAUUCAGGUUUUAAGACUGAGAGGCUUGCUGUGGUGGUCCUCUUCCACUCACAUCUUGUCAGGCUUCUUGACUAAGUUCUCUGUGGUUUAUUUUUCUAAGCACCAAGCAAAUUGGGGGAUACCACAUAGGCAGUACAUUUUCCUGUCCCGUCUUUCCUUAAGUCCCUGCAGGCCCUAGCUCUGGGCUUGGGGCUCGGAGCUGAGAAAAGCCUGCAGUUCUUCUGGAAGCAUCCAUGCCAUUUUCCUCAUAGGUGGUUUCACCAGGGGAACCAUUUGAUGGGAUACAUGAUCUGUGGCCCAGGCAAGCCAUUCGCACGCUAACCAUUGGGAAGAGUCUGUGACUGGAAAUACAGCUGGGGUGUUAUCAGUUUGCCCUGGUUAGAAUGUAUUCUUUGUAGCCACAGCCAUUUCUAGACUCUCCCAUUAAAGGUAUACUUUCCCAUUUCCCCAGAGAGAAAUGAACUUAAAAUUGACCUCUAGGAUCCUUAAGCCAGAUUAGUGCAGUGUUUGUUCUUUCUUAAGGGAUAGUGACUCCUGGAUGUCCCUGCAUAGUAGAAUACUAGGGUUUCAGUGACCAGACAAAAAUGACAGUUGGUGUUUGGUACACGUGGACUAAAUACUCUUGACUUGUAGCCUUCACAACUUGACCCCAGAAAUUCUGAUCCCCACUAAUGUUUUUCCUCUUCUCCAUUUUCCUUUCCUCUCCUUUCUAUUCUCUCCCUUUCUUCC